AUGUCGAGCUGUGGGGAAGCUUCUGGAGAGGACCGUUUGCUUGGCGAACGCAGAGAGCCUUCCUCCAGACUCGACGUGGCCGAGCUGCUCAACGAAAGCGAAGAGUCACGCUUGGGAUUAGACGUGCACGGAUUUCAGGCCAUCAUCACGGCCUGUGCACGGGCCGCGCAGUGGCGAGGUGCCUUGCAGAUUCUGGAGCGGAUGCGCUCAGACAGCGUGCAGCCGAACUUGAGCAGCUGCAACAGCGUCAUCAGUGCCUGCGAGCGUGGCAGCCGCUGGCCAGGAGCCCUGGCUCUACUCCGAGACUUGAAAUCAUGGAAGGUACACGCCGAUGUCGUCGGCCUGAAUGCAGUGUUGAAGGCCCUGGCGAAAGCGAGUCGCUGGCGUCAGGUUUCUUGCUUGCUGUUGGCGCUUCAGGAGGAGGGAGUUGAAGCGGACCUCGUAAGCUACACAGCCGUUAUGGACGCGGCACAGAGGAGUCAACGUUGGCCUGCAGCCUUGCAUGCACUUCGGACCCUGCGGCAGCGACGGCUGCAAGCAGACGUGAUCUGCUUCACCACGUUGCUGUCUGCAGUGCAACGAAGUGCGCAGUGGCGGCUGGCGCUGACGGUGCUAGCAGACAUGGCAAGGACCCGGGCGCAACCCGACCUCAUUUGCCACAAUGCGGCACUGGCAGCUUGUCAGGAGGGCCCCUGGCAGUUGGCCGUGGCAGCUCUUGACGACCUUUGGAGCAGCAACCUCUGUCCAGAUAUUGUCAGCUUCAACACGGCGAUCACGGCCUGCCUGCGGAACGAGCAGUGGCAGAUGGGGCUUUCUUUCCUGGAGGUCCUGGCAGACAGGGGUCUCAAGCCGAGCUCCGCCACGUUCGAUGCCGCCACGAGCGCUUGUGAGAAGGGGACAAGGUGGCUGGAAGCGUUGGCGUUUCUGCGGGCGCGCUGGUCGCAGGAGUCGGAGGUCUCCGGCGGCUUUAGCGGCGUGGGCGAGUCGCCCCUGUCGCAGGCCGAGAGGCAACUGCAACUUCAGCGGUCCGUCAGCGCGGUCAGAUCUGCAGCACGGGCUUGCGAGAAAGCAGCGGCCUGGCAAACUGCUUUCUCCUUGCUGGGAGAGGCUUCUGACAUGUCGGUGCAGUGCGAUGAGACUGUGUUCUAUUCCACUAUUCUCGCAUGCUCGAGUGCGCGUGAAUGGCAGAAAUCCUUGGAGAUCUGGCAUGACAUGUGCCACCGUGGGAUCCGGCCAAGCUGCUCCAGCUCGACACUGGCCACGUUGUUGAUGGAGAUGGAGCAGAGAUGCAUGUGGCAGCAACAAGUGGAGCUGCUGCAUCCCCUGGCCACGGCCUACGACACGAAGGGCGCAGGCCGUGUCCUGGCCCAAAGCGCUGCAGCCCUGAUGCCUGACCCCAGGCGUCGAGUUGCCACAAUGGCGCCACUUUCAGAGCACCUGGUGCAAUUUGUGCUGCGGGCAGUGAAAAAGAGCCUAUGCAGGGGCCGGGAAGGUUCAAGGUUUUCAUGGCUUUCGCUCGGGGUUCACGAGUUAGCCGGCAUGCUUCUGAUUCUUCUCUGUGUUGCGACUGGGUUGGAACCCAGGCCUCUUGGCAUUUAG